UUCGUGUGGCGCGGAAUGGGACAGUGUUGUGAAUAGUUCGGUACCGGGGGAGUUUGCGUUGUUUCUGUGAUUACAGCUUUGGGAAACUGGAGUCCACUGGAACAAGCGAGAUGUUUGCGGCAGAUUCGGGUUGUUGGUUCACCCAGAAGGUGCUGUGCUGGAGGGCUGCGGCCAGCGUCGCCUGGUCUGUCCUCCUGCUGCCGGCAUCCACGGCGGCCUUCGUGGUCCUCAGCAAGCUCAGCGUUCUCCACCCGGUCCAGAUGUUCGCAGAUUGCGUGUCCGUGCUCCUGAGCGCCGGCUCCGUCUUCUCUUUCGUUUUGCUGGCUGGGGUCAUCAUCAUGGUCGGCUUCCUGACCUUUGAAUAUUACACAGUCAUCCCAUCAAUUGCUUGCUCCAAAGUGGCGUUGCUGGGUCAGCUGCUCCAUCCUCGCCAACUGCUGUACUGCUUGGCCCACGGCGUGAUGGGCGUGGUCGUAGGGUGGAGUUGUGCCGUCACAAUCGGUUACCGAUACGAGAGGCUGGCCUACCUGUGCCCUCAGAAGGACAGGUACGCUGCCUCCUUAAACACGGACGUGCUGAGCUGCUGCAGACAUCUGACCCGUCUGUUGUCCAUCAGGGACGGCCUCCUCCACAUGUGCCUCAAUGAGCACCACCUGCUGCUCCUGCUGGAGGGGGGCUUUGUGGGACUCUCCCACAGCCUGCUGGGAGUCAUCCAGAACCUCAACUACGUUUCCUUUGGGACUGUCCAGCAACACAAAUACCUUUGCUUCAAAGCAUCUCUGCCUUUGGCCGCCAAGUGCAGCGCAGCUCAAGCCUUUUACUCCGUCAGGAACUUUGUUCUGCUCUAUUUCUUUCUGGGACACAUUCCAAGAGCAUGGAUGUGUAAAAGCCUGAGCCUUCACCUGGACAGCUCUGCCCACCCCCUGGACAGCAUAUCUGGACUGCUGGAUCUCUCUCUGCUGUAUCUCCUUUGGAUCAGCGCCACCUACCUCCUCUUUUCAUGGUACAUGACCCUGCUGCUCUUCAGGAUCUUCGUCACUGAGGCCUACAGCUUUCCUGUCCAGUCCACCUUUACUGAAGAAGCUCCUCAGUGUCUUCCUAAAGUUCUGUCAGAAAAGCAGCCGAUGAUCCUGAAGUUUCUAGCUCUGCAGGACCUUUCCCUGCUGUCGCAGCAUUCGCCAUCACGCCGCAGCCAGGUCUUCAGCUUGAGUCAGCCAGGAGGACACCCCCACAACUGGAACGCCAUCAGUAAGGAGUGCCUGUCUCUCCUGGCCGACCUGACCCAGAGAUUGGUGUCGUAUCACGAAACGGUGGCGACUAACGGCAGGACCAAGUCCCUGUCCAGCGGCAGUGACAGGAAAACGUCGUCCGAGUCAUCGGGUACGGAGGACUUGGCGAGCUGCAGACCCACCUUCCUGAUGAAAACUCCAGCUUCGGUCUUUCUGCGCUCCGUGGGGGCGGGACCACAGAGCCCUCUGACCUCACCCUUCACCCCUGACCUCGACAGCCCUUUUGCCUCCCCCACUCUGCGGCAACUGACAUCUCCGGUGGAUCCGGGCUCGCCGUGGCAUGGCGUGGUGCAGAGCCCCCACGUGAUGAGGAGGGCGCCGAAACUCUGGUCCACUUCCACAGAUUCACAGAGGAAUGGCAGCCCCCCAGCUUCACCCGCCACCCUCCCCACUCCAAAACCAGAAUCUUCCAAGCCAAGUUUUCUGGCUCAGUUCUUCCAGAACCGAAGAGAGCAGGUUAAGCAUUUCAUGGCAAAGCGGAUGCUGGUAAUGUAUUUGUUUACAAAGCUUCCAGAAGCUUCCAGUCAGGCUCUGUUUGCAGACGGCCAGGCUCAUAUCUGGGCUUUAGACGGGCUGUCUUACCUCGUUCAAGCAUCCUUCACAGAAGACCAGUUUGGAGUUGUACAGACGACAUUACCCAGCAUUCUCAGCUCCAUGUUGCUGUUGCAGGAGGCUGUGGAUCGACACUUCAAGCUGCCUCACGCCUCCAGUAAACCCGUCAGGUCCACCAUCAGUCUGGGGGACUCCUCCCACAAAACACUGCGCUUUGCGCUCAGAGCCACGCUAAAGACCGCCAUCUACAGGAUAACCACCACCUUCGGAGCCCACUUACAUGCCGUUCAGUUGUCUGCAGAGCACCGGAAGAGACUGCAGCACUUUCUGGAGUACAAGGAGUGAGGCCCCGCCCCCUACCUGUGUGAUGGGAUCGCGGACGGGUGAAAUCUGAGCUCUGCUUGUUUUACAAAAGCAUAAAGUAAAGGACUCUAGGUUCAGACAAGCUGCUGGGGAUUCCUAGGCUGAUGUCCGUCAUGACGGUUUUGGAACGCCGCGCCUGGUUCAGGUUCUUUGGUUCAGGUUCUUUGGUUCAGGUUCUGGACUGACCGAAACCUGAACCCAUCCGCUCCGAGUUCACUUUGAUUUUCUUUGAGCAGAAGUUUCUCAUCAGAAGGCUGGGAGCAGCACUGACUUUGAGUUUCUGCUGAUGUUUGAAUAAAGACAUUUGAAAAAACUUCA